AUGGGGUCUCUACCAGGGAAACCAGAGAAGAACCCCAAGGAGUCUUGCAAUGUUGUCUUCUCCAUUGCUUCUCCAGAGAUUGAGCUGAGUGAUCAUGGGAAAGAGGAGGAUGAGAUUGAAAGACUGAUAUUUGGAACUGAGUUUGGGGAAGUUGAGAGAUUUGUUGUGGCCACAGCUGAAGCACAGAUUGUGAAGGACGCUGCCAGGAAGGUUGAAGCAACGAAUCUGCAAAGAGCUGAGCUCAAGGCUGAGAAACAAGAUAAGCUCCCUUCCGCCCCCCACCAAAGAGUUCCCACCAAAGCUCAGAAGAAGGUGCUCUCCAAGUUCAGGAAAGAUCUUAGUGAUGUUGGGGUCAGGCUUCCAGAAAUCUCGGGUAUGCGUGAAGCUCAUGUCCAGAUGAUGCUCAUCAACGACAUUCUAGACCACCAAGCUGAAGUGGCCGAGCUUUUGGACAUCUUCAUUCUGAAGAUUGAUCCACCAAUCCCUCCAAAGUCCCUCCCUAAGCUUGAGUCUCAAGGGAUGUUCACCUUGCCUUGCUACCUUGGGAUUAAGAGCAUGGAGCCAAACACAUCUUCCCUACAGUUUGGAGAUUUCUCUUCUACAACCCCUAUUGGUCUCAUCAAGGAUUUCCCUUUGAAGAUUGGAGCAUGCACCAUUCCUAUAGACCUAACUGUUCUGAAGAUGACAACUGAGAAGAGAGUCCCAUUGAUCCUUGGCACUCCAUUCCUCACAACAGUGGGAGCUUGCAUAGACUUUGCCAACAAGAAGAUGAAUGCUGAGUAUUGUGGAACAAUUACUUGUGGAGCAUCCUCCAUUGAGAAGAGCAAGGCUGAAGGGGUUGUAUUGAGAAAGAAGGUCUUGCUGGAGAGUCCUCUAAAGAGCUGUGUGAUGAGCACUUGGAAAAGUGCUAAAAAGAAGGAGGUGAGUAGAGCUACAAAGGCUGCUCAUGAUAAGAAGAAGAUUGUGAAAGAACCUCAUCCUCCACCUCUUGAUAAAACUCCUCACACCCUCACUCUCCACCCAAUGAAGCUUAAGGAUAGGCCAUUGAGUACAAAAUCAAGUGCAAGGGAAGGUCAAGCCAUUCUCAAGUGCAAGGGCCAUCAUCACUCCUCAGCUCCAGAAUGA